AUGGAAAAUGGACUGCCCGACGUUCGAACUUUCAGGUCAAACCAUAUCCAGGCCUUUGAAACCCUGCCGUCAGAAAUACACGCUCUUAAAAUUUCCGACAACCGCAAGACCCUCGAACUUCCUGUUACUGCUAGGAAUGGUUGUUCCUUCGAUCACCUACCCCUUCAUUCGUCUCCAGCGCACCGGGUUGACCUCAAUGAUGCGCCGUCGACUGAAUUUAAGUUUAUCGAUGAAUGCACGUCCUCAUCGUCAUCUUCUUCCUCGGGGUGUUCCACUACCAAACGUGACUCUCAAAACUCAGGACUUGGCUCCGGAUCUACUUGUCACACGUCUGAGUCGGCAAGGUCACCUCCAUCACCUGUCUCCAGUUCGAUUGUGGCUCAGGUUUCGACAGCCUUAAGUGGACACUCGCCGCCCUCAAAGCGCCUUCCCUCGGCUGUUGUGAUAGGCUACCAACGUGCAAUCGCGGAAUCUAUCGCUGCUGCAGGCCUAAUGAAUCAACGACAGUCAGGACCAGGGGCAUCGCGCAAAGCCGAUGAAUCCCAGACCGUUGAAGAACGAACAGUGCUUGAUCUAUCUGAAGUACGUCCAAAUCUGACAAGUGGAAGUGUAAAUAAAAAGGCAAGUCCCUUUCAAGGCCAUUUAUGA